AUGGGGGGAGAUGAGAACUUCCGUGCUAGUGAGGGAUGGUUGAUGGGGUGGAAAGAAAGGUAUGACAUCAAAUCAUUUACUAUUUCGGGCGAGAAACUAACUGCCGAUUCACCAGUUGCUAAAGAGUUCGUACAUAAAUUUGAACAGUUAAUUCAAGAGGAAAAGCUAACACCUAGUCAAAUCUUCAAUGCUGAUGAAACCGGACUGAAUUUCAAAAUGCUACCGAAGAAAACCCUGGCACCUCGCCAGAAUCAUGGGGCAAUUGGGCACAAAAUGAAUAAGGAUCGAGUGACAAUUAUGCCAUGUACAAAUUACGAUGGAUCAUUUAAAUUGCCAUUACUAGUUAUCGGUAAAUCAGCUAGACCUCGAGCUCUCAACAAAGAACAGCAGAUUCAAAUGUUUCAAUUUCUGCAUCUGUUGUUACGUCUCCAAAACUCCAACACAGUCGAUGAAGGUGAUGUGAGAGAGUGGAUGGAAACAGCAGAUGAGGACAAUCACUCACCGGGACUUCUGGAUGAAGAGAUAAUAGCGAGAGUACAGCCAGCGAUUGAUGAUGUUGAGAUGGAUGUAUCUUGUAAAUGUGCGAGGAGUAAAUGCAACACGGCUGUAUGUGUUUGCAAAAAAGCUGGGCUAAAUUGCAGUCAACUAUGCAAAUACUGUGAUGAUGAUGAUAAUUGUCUGAAUCAACCUGUCGCGAAUUCAGAUGAACCGGCAGAGAAGGAGACAGAUGUUGAAGUUGACACAGAUGAAGAAAUUCAGCCUGUUCGGAGGGAAAACAUCUACAGAUAUGAUUCCGAUGAUGAAGAGGAAGAAGAAAACGAAGAAGAAAGAGAUGAAGAUGACGGCGAUGAUGAGUUCGAAACGAUUGAUUUCGAUUAUUAUUGA